ACAAGAAACACACCCAAAGAACAGAGCUUUGUUAGCCUCGAUGGAUCUUCUCUGCCACGCAUACUCUAAUUCCUCAGAUGAAGAAUCCGAACCCAAACUCAAACCCGACUACAGACCCGUCAUCCCCCCUCCCCCUAAACGUUUCAAACCGGAAGCCCCAUCUCAAAAUCUCCGAACAGAAGCUCCGGUUCCUGGCAGAUACAUAUCCAAGCGAGAAAGAGCUCUCUCUGCCCAAUCCCCUCGGGUCCCCAACCCGGCACCAACCGCAAACCUAAACCCGAAUCCCCCUGUCGUGGCUUCUCCUGUUCUGGGAAGUAUUGGUGAUUCUGAGAUACCCCGUGAUGUUUUAUCAUCAUUGAGGCAAGCAAAGGGCCGUGCAUCGCUAAGUCAAAUACCCAAAAGGCUGGCGGUUGAUUUGCGUAGCCAUACGAAGGCUGUCAAUGCUUUAGAUUGGUCUCCAAGUCAUGCUCAUCUCCUUGCUUCUGCCGGAAUGGAUCAAACUGUCUGUGUAUGGAAUGUGUGGAGCCAAGAUCAGAAAAUAGCACGCAUAUUUAGAUAUCAUAAUGCAGCAGUGAAAGAUGUGAAAUGGUCGCCACAGGGAUUAUCCGUGCUUUCUUGUGGAUAUGACUGCUCAUCCAGGUUGAUUGAUGUUGAAAAGGGGAUAGAGACCCAGAUUUUCAAGGAAGAUCAGGUUGUUGGAGUAAUAAAGUUCUGUCCAGAUAACUCCAACAUCUUCCUUUCUGGAGGAUCAAAGGGCUGUCUCAGAUUGUGGGAUAUUAGAAAUGGUAAUGUGGUUUCUGAAUACAUUCGAGGUCUAGGUCCAAUACUUGAUGUUGAAUUUACCAUCAAUGGCAAGCAGUUUAUCUCAUCCAGUGAUGUCUCUGGAAGCAAUCUCAGUGAAAAUUCAAUUAUUGUUUGGGACGUCUCACGGCAGGUUCCAUUGUCCAACCAGGUUUAUGUGGAAGCCUAUACAUGUCCAAGUGUUAGGUGCCAUCCAUUUGAGCCAUGUUUUGUUGCCCAGUCCAAUGCAAAUUAUAUUGCUAUCUUCUCUUCAUGUCCACCUUUCAGGCUGGACAAGUAUAAAAGGUAUGAAAGCCAUGGCGUCUCUGGGUUCCCUGUUAAAUGCAAUUUUAGCCUGGAUGGUGAGAAGCUUGUCUCUGGCUCGUCAGAUGGUUCUAUAUACAUAUACAACUACAGGUCAUCAGAGCUUGUCAGAAAAAUCAAGGCGUCUGAGCAAGCAUGCAUAGACGUUGUUUUCCACCCAGUUUUGCCAAAUGUCAUUGGUUCAUGCAGCUGGAAUGGGGAUGUUUCAAUAUUUGAGUGACCACAUUUGCGUCGUUGGACAGGUUGGUUCUUCUGGGAACUAAGAGCAAACAAACAAAAAAAGGCAAAUCUUGCAACUGUGUACAUUAGGAUUGAAUAGAAAGGCCAAAGCAAUGUCGUAGCUGGUAUCCAGCCUUGCUUUGUUCUUUUUAGUAUUCAUAAAGCAUUAUUCCAAGUGAUUUUGUUUAAGUCUCUAAAAUGGACAUCUAGGAUGUGAAUUGCUUUAUAUUUCUUGCA